ACUAUAUAUCAAUAUAGUCGCAUUUUCUUUUAUAGGCCUCCGAGCUCUCUCAUUCUUAUCUUUAUACAAUACAAAAACCACCCUCUUUCUGUUGCAUGCUAUAUAUAUAUAUAUAUGUAUCUAUAUAAAUAUAUAUACAUCUUUGGUGCGUGCUUAUGAGUGUAUGUGAAAGUGUAUUGGAUUAGAAUGGGAUUUGAGCAGCUUAUAAUUCGAAGCUAUGAAGGGCAAUCCGAUAGAACUCAAGUGGAAGAUCUGGAGCGAAGAUGCGAGGUAGGGCCAGGAGAACGCGUUUUUCUCUUCACGGAUACUAUGGGUGACCCCAUAUGUAGAAUUCGAAACAGUCCGAUGUAUAAGAUGCUGGUGGCUGAGUUAGACAAGGAACUUGUUGGUGUCAUUCAAGGCUCUAUAAAGGUUGUCAGAGUUCAUAUGCAUCCUAAGGACCUAGCCAGGGUGGGCUAUAUCCUAGGCCUAAGGGUUGCACCUCUUCAUCGAAGAAAAGGGAUUGGGUCCAGUCUAGUGCGUCGGCUAGAGGAGUGGUUCAUUGCCAACGAUGUUGACUAUGCUUACAUGGCCACCGAGAAAGAUAACGAGGCCUCAGUGAAGCUCUUUGUGAACAAGUUCGGCUACAUCAGGUUCAGAACUCCGGCUAUACUAGUUAACCCAGUUAACAUCAAUCGCUCUUUUCAUAUUUCAUCCAACGUUCAGAUAGUAAAGCUGAAGAGAGAACAAGCCGAAUUCCUCUAUCGAAAAUUCAUGUCUUCCAUAGAGUUUUUUCCCCAUGACAUAGACAACAUACUAGAGAAUCAUCUAAGCUUGGGAACAUGGGUGGCUUUUCCUAGAGGUGAGUCAUUUGGAUCAGAUGGGGGGCAAGUUCCGAGUAGUUGGGCCAUGCUAAGUGUAUGGAACAGUGGGGAGCUAUUCAAGCUAAGGCUAGGGAAAGCACCUCUAUCUUGCCUAAUAUACACGAAAAGCUCAAGAUUGAUAGAUAAAUAUUUCCCAUGCUUGAAACUCCCUUCCCUACCAGAUUUUUUCCAUCCAUUUGGAUUCUAUUUCAUGUAUGGGGUGCACCAGGAGGGCCCAUUGUCGGGAAAGCUAGUGAGGAGUUUGUGCCAAUUUGUCCACAACAUGGCUAAAAAUAAGUCUAAGGACUGUAAAGUUAUUGUAACAGAAGUUGGGGGUAAGGACACGCUGCUGAGACAUCACAUCCCACACUGGAAAUUGCUCUCGUGCCCAGAAGAUUUGUGGUGUAUUAAGGCCUUGAAAAGGGAAGAGAGAAACAGCCUCCAAGAAUUGACAAAAACCCCACCAACACGAGCUCUUUUUGUAGACCCCAGAGAGGUAUGAACCAAAAAUAUCUUGGACCUCUCUUUGUCUGAGAACCAAGCCCCACCUCAUGUAUUGUUUGUUAAGUCCAUCCAUCUCUCCUGGUGGGGACUUUUCUCUUGUUCCUUUCACAUCGGUGACACAAGAUCUCUAAAGAUUUCCUUAAACAGAUGACACCUUGGUUAUCCUUGUUCACAACUAGAUUUUUCGCCUCAUGAUUCAGACUAUUCAAUAAAGCCCAGUGGUCCUAAUUUUGUCCUAUCCCCACAGGUAAAAAGUUUUAGCUGGACCCUCAACUCCUUUGUCCACUCCCAUCGAGACGAACUCCCCUAACAUGCCAUAACAGCAGAUUGACAACUGAGAAAUCUGUUCAGAUGAAACAAAGGAAACAUGAUAUAUGUAUGAAUUGAGUACACGUCUCUAUAUAUAUAGGGGAAUUAGACCACUUAAUUAAUGUAUUCCAACAAAAAAGCUUAGUUCUACUACUUGGAACUUUGUCAUCUUUCCCU